AACGCGGAAGUCGCCAUGUCAAAGUGAACCUCCCUACCUUUGGGCAACUCUUCAUCCUGGGAGGGAAACAGAGAUGGGAGGAGGGGAAACUGUUCACUGGUAGCAACUGGAGUGAAUCCAGGGAGGGAGCAGACUCCGCAAACUGAGUGUAUUUGAAGAUAGAAGAUUCAAAAUCGACGCAUGAAGUCCUGAUGCCCAAAACGUUGACUCUCCUGCUCUUCGGAUGCUGCCUGACCUGCGCUUUUCCAGUACCACACAUUUUGACACUGACCCUCCAGCGUCUGCAGUCCUCACUUUGACGUCAAUGUCUGACAGUCACUCAAUCCAGUGGGACCGCAAACAAUUUUUAACCGUGAGUCUGUGAGAAGGUGCAAAGCGUUUUGGUUCCUGGAUGAGAGACCCUACUGAUGCAGCACAUCGAGUGUGGGGCGUGUAGCAGCAGGAAUUGAUGGCCGGGAGGGACUGGAAAGGUAUUCUGUGCAGCUGAAGCUUCGACCAUGGAGAAACCCGAGGAAUCCUGCCCCGUGGAGAAACAGUGGAAGUGCAGUGAUGGUGGGAAUGGCUUCUGUUUCCCGUCUGCCAUGCAGAUUCAUCGGCGCAUCCACACAAGGGAGAGACCAUUCUCCUGCCCAGAGUGCGGGAAGGGCUUUGCCCACACCUCCGCCCUGAUGAGGCACCAGCGGGCUCACACCGGGGAGAGGCCAUUCCCCUGCCCCGAGUGCGAGAAGGCCUUCAGCAAUUGCUCCGACCUACUGACCCACCGGCGGGUCCACACGGGGGAGAGGCCCUUCAGCUGCCCCGAGUGUGGGAAGGCCUUCAACACUUCCUCCAACCUGUUGAGGCACCGGCAGGUCCACACUAGGGAAAGGCCCUUCAGCUGCCCUGAGUGCGGGAAGGCCUUCAGCGAUUCCUACCACCUGCUGAGGCACCAGCAGGUCCACACAGGGGAGAGGCCCUUCAGUUGCCCCGACUGUGGGAAGGCCUUCAGUAAUUCCUCCACCCUGCUGAAGCACCGGCGGGUCCACACCAAGGAGAGACCAUUCCCCUGCCCUGAGUGCGGGAAGGCCUUCAGCGAUUCCUCCCACCUGCUGACCCACCAGCAGAUUCACACGGGGGAGAGGCCGUUCUCCUGCCUCGAGUGUGGGAAGAGAUUUACCCAGGCCUCCAACCUGCUGACCCACCGGCGGGUCCACACGAGGGAGAGGCCGUUCAGCUGCCCCCUGUGCAGAAAGGAUUUCACCCGCUCCUCCCACCUCCGGAGGCACCAGAGAGUUCACAUACCGUCGCAGGGGGAUUGAAGGAGCGACGGCCGAGUGCCAUUAUCGACUGGACCAUCAACCCAGUUCCAGGGACUCCCGGAUUUGAAUCCCACUGCGGCAGAUGGCGCUAUACAGGGUCUGGGUUGAAAUUGCUGAGUGAGGCAAUACUUCCUCCAGGUUAAGGCUGUACCAAGGAUCCAAUUACAAAGGGACAACUCAGUGGUGACCAAUAGUAAAGAAAGUGGUGGGGGGGGAGGGGGGGAAAGAGUGUGCGCUUUGACUUUGAGCUGUUUAAAAAGCUACUUUUUCUCUGCCUUUUUGCUGAGGGGAUCUGAAGCUGUAACAAAGUUGGGUUGCAAUAAAGGUUACCUGAACUUGCUGCUGGGUUCAGACUCUCAUUGAAA